CUGGGUCUUCUUCGAACGAAUGAACGAAUUACGUGCAUGGGAACUAAACACCGGACCAUUUGUUUUACAUCGGAACCGUGCUCGUGUAGGACCCGAGAAUCGACUGCAAGAGCUAAAUGAAGUUAAGUUUUCAGAUAAUCGCCUUCCUCACCUGUAAUCGAAGAUGAAGUGCUCUUUAGUUAGUGUCUCUGGAGCUCGGAUGGAGUUGGCUGAUGAUCGAGCAUUAAUAUUCGGUCGAGGUCCUGACUCCAAAAUUUCAGAUAAGAAGUGCUCAAGGCAUCAGGUGAAACUUGUGGCAAGCUAUGCCAAACAGGACGUUCUAGUUACGCAGCUAGGGGCCAACCCAUCUUCUAUAGAUGGAAAAUAUUUGGGUCGGGGCGAGUCUGCCUGUCUGACUGAUGGUCAAACAUUGUUCCUGGUUAAUCAGUCCCACCCAUUUACUGUGGAGUUUACUGACAUUGCAAACAGCAACUCUCAUUCGCCUAAGAAGGAGAAAGGAACAGUUAUUGAGAGGAGCAGGGACACUGAUGAAAUCGUGAAGACCGGAAGGUCAGGCCCCAAGAAGAACAUCCAUGAUUAUUUUGGUAAAUCCCCCCAAAAGGUAAGAAAGCGCCCACACAGCCCUGAAGAUGAUGUUCCUAACAAGAAACGAUUAUGUGGAGAUGAGGAGGAGACCUCAGCUGAGGAGAAGCUUAAACAGUUGCAAGCGUUUGCAGAGAAUGAGAGCAACGUCACACCGGACUCAUCAACCAUCAAUGCUUCAUCAUCUACCUGCACUCAUAGUUACUGGCAGCAGAUCGGAAGCCUCAUGCUCUUCACUGCUGCUGGGGUUUCAGACAGCUCCAAAAUUGCAGGGUUUGACAUUGAUGGCUGUAUUAUCACCACAAAGUCUGGGAAAGUAUUUCCCACGAGUCCAGAUGACUGGAAGAUUCUUUUCCCAGAGAUACAGCCAAGGCUGGCCAGUCUGUUAAAGAAAGGAUUUAAGGUGGUGUUUUUCACCAACCAGAUGGGCAUUUCUCGAGGCAAGCUGAGACCAGAAGUGUUUAAAUCCAAAGUAGAGGAUAUCUUGCAAACACUGCAGCUGCCUGUACAGGUUUUUGUUUCCACAGCACCGGGUAUUUACAGAAAGCCUGUGGUUGGAAUGUGGGAACAUUUGUGUGAGAAGGCGAACGGUGGGGUCACCAUAGACUUGUCACAAAGCCUCUAUGUUGGAGAUGCAGCAGGACGUCCUGCAAACUGGGCCCCCGGAAAAAAGAAGAAAGACUUUUCCUGUAGUGACAGAUUGUUUGCCGUCAAUAUUGGCCUUCAGUUUCACACCCCGGAGGAAUUUUUCCUGGGCUGGAAAGCUGCUCCGUUCAUCAUGCCCACCUUUGACCCUAGGAAAUUGUACUCUAAUGUGCAUCAUUAUGAUCCACCUGAUGCCUCCCUCACAUCUAUCAAACAGGAAGUCAUCGUUGCAGUGGGAUUCCCUGGAUCUGGAAAAACAACCUUUUUCCAAACGCAUAUCAUUCCAAAGGGAUAUGUUCACGUCAACAGAGACACACUUGGUUCGUGGCAGCAGUGCGUGGCAGUAUGCAAGCGCGCUCUGAAUGAAGGUCAUAGCGUUGCUGUGGACAACACUAAUCCUGAUCUUGAGUCUAGAAAAAGAUAUGUGGAUGUCUGCCAGGACGCUGGAGUGCCCUGCCGAUGCUUCAAUUUCACAGCAAGUCUGGAACAAGCAAAACAUAACAAUAGGUUUCGUGAGAUGGUUCCUUCUGCCACCAGCCAUGUUCAUGUCAACGACAUGCUUAUCCACAGCUACAAGAAAAAGUUGGUGCCACCAAGUUUAUCUGAGGGAUUCUCUGAAAUCCUGCAGAUUCAUAUCGUGCCAAGUUUCAGCGACAAAAGAUCUGAAUUUCUCUUCAUGCAGUUCUCUGAGGGCUGAGCCUGGUUCCAGAUCAAAAUAAAUUCUAAUAAGAUGCAUACAGGUGAUGGUUACUGUUUGCGAAUGUUGUGUGUGCUGCUUAUGUGCAGAGACUGGAUAACAGAAAACAGGUUUUUAUUGAGCAUUCAACUAAUUGUCACUGGAUCGGUCGGUAAUAGUUCAUUUUAAAUGUAUCAGUUUUCAUUUGUUGCUAGUAAUGCGUUACAUUUAUUAAGAGGAACUGACAUGCCCAUGCUGUUGAUUUUACUAAUAAAGAAAAACAAAGAAACAAACAAAACAAUCUUUCAAACUUGGAAGUUGAAAAGUUGAAAAAAGUGUUGUUUCUUAUGAUAUGGAUUUGAACAUUGUGCAUCAAUUCAAUUUUUUUAAAUAAGACAUUAAAACUCAGAUUAAAAAAAAGUAAUAUUCUGUAAAGAAAUUGUUGUUAACUUAAUGUAUUUAAGUUGCAUUAACUCAAAAUUUGAAGGCAACCAGGUACCACAUUUUUUUUAAGUUGACCCAAUAAAUAAUUUUUACAUUGUAGGUUCACACUAACUCAAAAUAAAAACU